AUGGCGAGUGCCCCAGUUUUGGUGUGUCCUGAUUACACCAAAGAAUUUAUCAUGUACAAUUAUGCAAAUGAUCAUACCUAUUCGGCUAUACUGAUGCAUAAUAAUAAUGAGGGUGUUAAAUCACCUAUUGCAUUCAUGAGUUAUCCAUUAAAGGCCCAUGAAUUGAAAUACUCAGAAAUGGAGAAGCAUGCCUUUGCCAUGGUUAAAUCGGUGAAACAUUUUAUAUUUUAUAUUCUCAAUUCACAUGUCAUUGCACUUGUUCCUAAUGCUGUUGUCAAGUCAAUUCUAACACAACAAGAAUUUGGAACUAAAAGGGGCAACUGGGUUGCCAAAAUUCAGGAAUAUGACAUGGAAAUUAAGCCUACCAAGUUGGUUCAUGGAAAAGGAUACUGUUGGCUAACAUUGUUUAAGGAUGCAUGCAGUUGGGUUCGCAAAUGCAAGCAAUGUCAGCAGUUUGUUGGUAAGCCUAAGCUGGUGACACUUCCUCUUAAGCCAAUGGUAAUUGAAGAGCCUUUUCAACAAUGGGGAUUAGAUUUUGUUGGACCUGUUUAUCCAACAUCUAGUGUGGGAAAUGGUCAAGAUGAGUCAAGAAACAAGAACCUGGUUACCAUUAUUAGGAAGCUUGUUGAUGAGAGACAAUGGACUUGGCAUAAGGCUCUUUAUGAUGCACUAUGGGCGGAUUGUAUAGCUCCAAAAAGAGCAAUUGACAUGUCAUUUUUCCAACUUCUGUAUGGAUUGAAUGUCGAGCUUCCUAUCACUUUGGAACUUCCAGCAUUGAAGCUUGCCAAGGCCGGUGAAGACGAAACUUACCAAGGUUCACUUGAUAAGUGGAUUAUGUUUCUUUCUCAGUUAGAGGAAACAAGAGCAGAGGUGGUGGAUAGAAUUUUUGCACACCAAAGCCAAGUGAAGGCAUUAUUUGACAAGAAGGCUACUUCUCGUGAGUUCACAGAUGGUGAUCAAAUCUUGUUAUGGGACAAGAGGAGGGAGCCAAAGGGUAUGCAUGAGAAAUUUGAUUCCUUAUGGAGAGGCCCCUUCACUAUUCAUGAAGUAUGUGGCGAGCAUAGCUUUUUGCUUGCAUAUGUUGAUGGUACCUCAUUCUCAUUACCUCAAAAAGAGUUGUCUUCACUUCCUCCUUGGAAACGUUUUCUAUGA